ACUGAGGCGUCCCCGGCGGACAGCGACCGCCUGCCCCGGCUCCUCUGGCCGCCCUGCCGGGGAGGGCGGAAGAUGCCGGUGAAGAAGAAGAGAAAAUCCCCUGGGGUGGCAGCGGCAGUGGCGGAAGACGGAGGCCUCAAAAAGUGUAAAAUCUCCAGCUAUUGCAGAUCCCAACCCCCUGCUAGACUAAUAAGUGGAGAGGAACAUUUUUCAAGCAAGAAGUGCCUGGCUUGGUUUUAUGAGUAUGCAGGUCCUGAUGAAGUUGUAGGGCCAGAAGGAAUGGAAAAAUUUUGUGAAGACAUUGGUGUUGAACCUGAAAAUAUUAUUAUGUUAGUUUUAGCGUGGAAAUUGGAGGCUGAAAGCAUGGGAUUUUUUACCAAGGAAGAAUGGUUAAAGGGGAUGACUUCACUACAGUGUGACUGCACAGAAAAGUUACAGAACAAAUUUGACUUUUUGCGCUCACAGUUGAAUGAUAUUUCUUCGUUUAAGAAUAUCUACAGAUAUGCCUUUGAUUUUGCAAGGGAUAAAGAUCAGAGAAGCCUUGACAUUGAUACUGCUAAGUCUAUGCUGGCUCUUCUGCUUGGAAGGACAUGGCCAUUGUUUUCAGUAUUUUACCAGUACCUGGAGCAAUCAAAGUAUCGUGUUAUGAACAAAGAUCAGUGGUACAACGUAUUAGAAUUCAGCAGGACUGUCCAUGCUGAUCUUAGUAACUAUGAUGAAGAUGGUGCUUGGCCCGUUCUUCUCGAUGAAUUUGUUGAGUGGCAAAAGAUCCGUCAAACAUCAUAGCAAGAACUAAUGUGAAGAAAAUGCACACCUUUUGACGCCCACGUGUAUACAGGCUAACGAAACAAGGAAAAAAUCCAAAGGGUGCAUUUUCAUUCAUAUGAAAGACUUCUCGUAGUACUUUUUUUUCCUUUUUUUUAAAGGAAGUUUUCUUGUUACAUGUGAUGGGCAUUGAGCCACACCUCUUCUGAGACUGAAUAUUGAAGCUUUUGUUUUGAGUUAUGUUUCUAACAUUUAUUUCAGAACAAUAAAGAUUCAGAUUUGUGACAAAGGCCUUAAAGUGAAGA